AUGGAAGACAAUGAUGUGGAAGACACAUCUCCAUCAUCAUCUCAUCCAUUCUUUGGUCGUAGUGGAUUUCCUUUUGUAUUUCUUCCAUCUACACUAACAGGAGGUUUCAAUUUUAUGAAUAAUCAUACGCAUGUUUCUUCGGUCGAUGAUCAAUCAACAACGAAAAAAGAGAAUGACGAGAAUAUAGAAGAAGAAGAAGAAGAAGAAAAAACAGAAAUCAAUGGCAAUGAUGAUGGAGAUCGAAAGGAUGAGAAUGACGAAAGUAUAGAUGAAAAAAGUAAUCUUCGCAUCAGUCAACCAAAAUAUAGUCAAUUACUAAAAGAACUUGAUUUUAGUCAAACAAGAAUGGUUGAUGUAACAAAUCUUUUACCAAAUGAACUUGAUCAACAAGAUACUCAAUCAAUACAAGAUAAAAAUGAUAAUGAAAGUCAAAAACAAACUACAGAUGAUGAAAAAUAUCAAAGUUUAUCAUCAGCACGUUCAUCUCUAACUAGUGAUGAUGAUGAUGAUGAUGGAUCAAAUGCUCAAACAUAUAAUAAUAAUAAUGAAACAGAUGAAAAUAAAUCAAAAGAGAAUGAAAAUUUUACGAAUGCUGUUAAUGAUAUUCAAAAUGAUUUAAAAAAUUUAACUAGUAUUAUUAAUGAAGUAUCAACUGAUAAAAAUAAACAAGAAGCAGAAGAUCAUAGUUCACAAAAAAAACCUACUUUCGAUGAAGAAGAUGAUACUAGCCGACAAGCAACACAAGAUUAUGAUCUUCAUGAGAAUGAACAAGAGAAUGUAGUAUCAUCAUCAAAAUCCAAUCAAAUUCAUCAUAUUGAAAAUCAACAUUCCAAUGACCUUCAAAAUAAGAAUAAAUCUCCUAUUUCACAAUUAGAUACUGAUACAAAUACUCAAACUGAAUCUCAAAAACAAGGCAAAGAUGAUGAAGAAAAAGAACAACAACAGGAGCAACUAGUUUUUUUCAAUUGGCAAAAUUUAAUGUAUGGAAAUGAGGAUAUAACACAACCAAUAAAUAUCAUAGAACCUCAUGAACCAAUUAUUGAAACACCAAAAAAACCACAACAAUCAUUAUUAUCAUCAGACGAGGAAUCAAAACCAAGAACAAGUUCACAUUUAAAACAAAAAAUGGUUCUUCGACCUCGUCCAAUAAUACCAUCUUCAUCGUCAUCAUCAGAUACUGAUUCUAUUGUUGAAUAUGCAUUACAUCGAUCAAAAGAUAAACAAGCAACAUCAUCCGUACCUAAACAACAAAUACCACCACAAACAUUAAGACAAGAUAGUCAAGCAACAUUAAUUGAUGAAAAUCUCGAUGAAUUAAAUAGUCAAUUAAAACAUAUUCCAUUUGAUCACGAACCACAACAUAUAUUCAGUACAUCAAAUGUAAAAGAAGAACGAACAACAGAUAGAAAUGGUCCAUCGUCAUUUCGAAUAUUAAUACCAGAUAUACUUUCGACUACUUUUCCUGAUAAUGAUACACCAAAUCGAACAAAUGAGCAUUUACUUCGACAUAUAUCAAAUCAACGUAUUAAUUAUAAUCCACAACGUAAUCGACAUACAUUCCAUGCUCCGGAACGUUCAAGUUCACAACGGAAAAAAACUUCUCAUCAUCAACAUCAACCUCAACAAAAAUAUUCAUCAUCACGUCAUAUUGACCGUACUGAAGAACAUACUCCACGAGAUUCAAAUGAUGAUUGGUUAACUAUGCUUGAAAAACUUGAACAUGAACAUAAAACACGUAUAGAACAACAGAGAAAACAAUAUGAAGAUUACAUGCAUGGUCUUGAAGAAAAAAUGAAACGACGCUAUGAUGAUUAUCUAACAUUAACAAAUAAUUCUCAAGAAUCAAAAUCAGAUGAUUAUGAUAAUACAACGCAUGCAUAUCAUGCACAUACAUCAAUGCCAACUGAUUCAAAUAUUGGAAAAUAUAAAAGUCAUUCAUAUAAUCAAACAUAUCGACCAACAGCAACAGAUCUUGUUUCUCAUUAUUAUCCAGCUGAUUCAACACUGAAUGUUCUUACAACAGAAAAAAGACGAUCAACUAUUAGUGAUAGUGUACCACUAGCAGAAUCAAGAGAAGAUAUUACAAAUCUUCGAACACACCUUUCUGCUAGACAUGCACGACAAGUUGAUGAUUUAAAAUUACGUUAUGAAUAUGAAAUCAAUGAUCUUAAAAGUCAAUUGAAUCGAACAAAAUUAGGUAAUAUAUCAAGUACUACUCGACAAUCAAUUGGAACAAUCGAACGAAUUAAUAAUGAAAAUAUUCGUUUACGUGAUGAACUCAAUGGAUUACGUCAUUCAUUAAAAGUAGCAGAAGAUGAAAAUGCUGUAUUUAAAAGACAAUUAGAAGAGUUACGUGAACAAAUAAAUCAUAAAGAUCUUGAUCUUAAAAAUUAUCAUCGUACAGUCGCUGAUCUUGAAAGACAAUCAAAUGAAGCAGCCAAUACAAAAGAGCGACAAAAUGAAAAGCUACGUCAUGCAGACAGACAAGCAUCACUUUAUCGAGAAGAAAAUGAAAAACUCAAGAUUGAUCUUAAUCGUACAAGGGAACGUAUUCUUCGACUAGAAGAACGUUCUCGUGAACAAGAAAAUGAAAAUGAAACACUUCGACGACAAAUGUUCUUAUUAGAAAAUGAUAAUAAUCGAAUAAAAAGCCGAAUGACUGAUGAUCAUAAAUUAAAUUCAUCAAUACCUAUAAAUGUAACAUCACCAAGAGAAUAUACGCAUUUUUCAAUACCUACAACAGUAACAAGACAUUCAUCAUCAACAAUAAGUACACCAAGAGAUGGAAUUAUUGAUUCAGGAAGAUAUCAGUCAAAUGAUACAGGGACUGUUUAUCAUCAUACUCAUACACCACGAACGAUAACAAGAAUUAGUGAUUAUCUUAAUGAAAAAUCUCCUUCUAAUCAAUCAUAUGUAUCUCCAACAAAAACAUUUUAUUCUCCAAAAAAAUCUUCACCAAAUCGUCGUCGUACAGAAUCAAUACCAAGAAGGAGUUCAGUUGAUAGACAAACAAAACAAACGGAACAAUUAGAACAAAAAUUCGACCAAUUAUUAAAGAAAAAACGUGAUUUAGAAACACGUCUUAAUCGUAUACCAACUCGAGGUUUAACAAAUACUGAUCAACAAUUAUAUGAUGUACUUGAACGAGAAAUUGAACGUGUUGAUCAACAAAUCAUAGGCGUUAAACUUGAUCUUCGAAAAUCCAAUACAUUACGAAUACAUUAG